CAUGUCAAAACUUAUCGGCUUAACACAUUGGUUACUCAUAUUAACGAUACUCAUUAGCGAAGAAUUAGUCGAAGGAAGAAAGAUUCCAAAUUCGGUGAACAGAGCAAUAAUCAAAACUAUCAAGGUUAAAAGUGGUGAAAUUAUCGACUGCUAUGAUAUCUACAGACAACCUAGUCUUAAUCAUUCAUUGCUUCGUAAUCAUACCAUACAGAUGCAACCAAGUUUUGAUCCGAAAGAUAUGAAAUCAGAUAAUUUGGGAACACUUCAACUCAAACAAACUUGGCAUGAUUUUGGAUCAUGCCCGAAAGAAACUAUCCCUAUAAGGAGGAAAAUGAAAAAUUACAAUCCAACAUUUUUGCGUAAGCGUCAUCGUACAAAGCUAUCUCAUUAUAAUAGGACUCCUAAUGCAUCACAACCAAGCAAUUUCGUAGACCUUCACGAGUAUGCAACAGUUGAGGCACGUGGAAAUUUUCUAGGAGCACAAGCAAAAAUAAAUCUUUGGAAACCGGUUAUUGAAAUGUCAGCCGAAAUAAGUAUAUCUCAAAUCUGGGUUACAGCCGCUGAAGGAAAAGAAACUAUUGAAACUGGAUGGAUGGUCAACCGACCUUUAUAUGGAGAUUAUGAGACCAGAUUUUUCAUAUACUGGACGGACACAAACUUAUUCUGUUAUAAUGACCUAUGUCCUGGUUUUGUGCACACAUCGUCAAGUAUCGGCCUUGGUUGCAGUUUCACUGAGUUAUCAACUUUCAAUGGAGACCAAAAGGACGCCCUCUUCAGCAUUCACAAGGAUCAAAGUAGUGGACAUUGGUGGAUACAAUUACAAGGAGAAUCAGUUGGUUAUUAUCCAAGUUCUCUCUUCACUGAAUUAUCAAACAAAGCAACAACAAUACAAUGGGGUGGAGAAAUAGUUAAUGCCAAAAGUAAAGGGCGGCAUACUGCGACUCAAAUGGGUAGCGGUCAUUUCCCUUCGGAAGGUGGUUUGAAAACGUCGAGUUAUUUUAAUUGGGUUCAAGUGGUUGAUGAAAAUAACAUGAGCAUGGACCCUAAAGAUUUUGACUUAGAAGCUACAAAUCCAAAUUGUUAUGAUUUGAAGGUUGACGACAGCCAUCGUGAUACAAAUGGCUUCGGUUUUUAUUAUGGAGGUCCUGGCUACAAUGAUAAAUGUCCAUGAUUUUCUACAUGGUCUAAAAAAUAAUUUUUUUA